AUGGGGAUCCUAAGGGGAAAGGGGGAGAAUGUUGAGAAAAGGGGGACUGCUGGGGUUAGACGAUUAACAGUGCUGGGGUUCGUAGGGGAAAGGUCACCCCACGAACUGCUGCCUCGGACUACCCCCCCCCAGGCGCCCCGGACUCCUCGGGCAUCCCUAAAGGCCACGAGCAGCAGAGGAGGAGGAGAGGGCGUCGGAGGGUCCCCCUCUGUCGCAACAGCUGGAGGUGGGAGGGGGCACACUCGGGAGCAUCCCCUCAGCUGGGGAUGGGGAUGGGGGGAAGGCGGUCCACUCUCACCGUCCCUCUCCCUCCCUCCCUUCUCCGCCUUCCGGACGCACCCACGGAGUGCCCGCGGAGGGUCCCGGGGCUGCCUCAUCACCCAGCCCCCGGCGCCCUAUUCCUUCCGCGGCGCUGUCGCCUGUCGCCGAAGAAAAGUGAGACGGAGCAGAGGCGCCUCCGCCCGCCCGCCCGUCCGCCCGCCGCCGCCGCCGCGAGAGCGCGGCCAACACUCACCCGCCGCCGCCGCCGCCGCCGCUUCCCAUUCACAGCCCGGCCGCACGCGCCGCCCUCAGCCCGGAGCUGAUUGGAGGAACCGAGGUGGCUCUGGCGUGUCCCGUUCUUCCCUCCGCUACUCCCCCCUCUCCCCCCCACCCCGCCCCGGCCCCGAUCCCGACCCCCCUCGGUUGUUUUCAAACUAUCGGGGGCCCGCCCGCGUGCAAUUUUGCGCCCUCCCUCCCGGGCCCCCUCAGGCCUCUUUCCGCGCCUGCUACGCCCCCUAG